AUGCUGCCGUUGACCCAAAAGGAUACAAAACUCCCGCGCGGUCCCUUGGGUGGGAUCCGUGAAAAAUUCCAAAAUUGGCUCAGGCUUAUUUAUUCAGAUAAAAAUUCAAGAAAUUUGUUUUUAUUCUUGAUUCUUAAUUUGUCUUUCGCAUUUGUUGAAUUGUUCUAUGGAAUAUGGACCAACAGCUUAGGUCUCAUUUCGGACGCAUUCCACAUGUUCUUUGACUGCACGGGUCUGGUUGCUGGUUUGGCAGCAUCCCUGGUAUCUAAAUGGCGGGCCAAUGAACGUUAUUCUUAUGGCUACGCCAGAGCCGAGGUGCUUGCUGGCUUUGUGAAUGGACUGUUUCUCUUGUUCAUUGCCUUCUUCAUCAUGAGUGAAGCUGUGGAAAGGGCUAUAGAACCUCCAGAGGUGAAGCACGAACGUCUGUUACUGGUGUCGAUCCUUGGCUUCUUAGUGAACCUGGUGGGUAUAUACGCGUUCCACCAUGGGCACGGCCAUUCGCACGGUGGCCACGGCCACUCGCACAACCACGACCACGGCCACGGUCACUCGCACGACGACAUCGAAGCACCCACCGGGGCCGGAUCGGCCAUCAUGCGAGGCGUCUUCCUGCACGUUCUAGCGGACACUCUCGGAUCGGUCGGUGUGAUCAUCUCCGCGAUAUUGAUGCGAAUGUUCGGCUGGAUGCGCGCCGAUCCAUUAUGUUCUAUGGCGAUAGCGUUAUUAAUCGCCGCUAGUGUAUUGCCGUUAGUGCGCGAUUCCGCUGGCGUUCUGAUGCAACGGACUCCCAUAUCAAUAGAACGCGCCUUACCUAACCUGUUCACGCGCGUGGUCGGCCUAGCCGGCGUGCACGCGGUCCAGGAACCUCAUUUCUGGACUUUGUGCAGUGAUGUUCAUGUCGGUGCUAUCAAACUAGAGGUGGCGAGAGAAGUCGAUCCUCGCUACGUCACGGAGCAGGCCGCGAGGAUAUUCCGCGAGGCCGGUGUGAAACACCUCACAGUGCAACUGGACUACUCCCCGCUUUGA